AUGUAUUCAUUACAAGAGGUUGGUCAAUGUUCGAACCCAAUACCACUUCAACACAUGGGUCAAAGUUCAAAUCCUGAAACGACUCAACACAUCAAUGGCGGUUUUGAUGAUUAUCGUAGAUACGAGGAUAUGGUUAUCGAAAGCAUGCACCAACCCGAAGCUUCUUAUUAUCAACAAACACCACAACACCCAAAUCUUGAAGCCCAAAAUUUUUAUAAAAUUUUGAAACAAGCGAGUGAGCCUUUAUGGGACGGGUGUACAAAAUCUUCCACACUCUCUGCCACCACUAGAUUAUUGGACUGGAAAUCACAAUCUAAUAUUUCAGACACGUCAUUUGAUAGACUACUUUCGAUAGUUAAAGACAUUCUACCAAUUGGCAAGAAGCUUCCUAAUAGCUUCUACGAGACCAAGAAAAUGUUGAAGCCACUAAAAUUGCCUUCACAACAGAUUCAUGUAUGUAUAAACCAUUGCAUGCUAUUCAGGGGUCAGAAACUGGGCAUAAUUGAAAGAAGAAUCAGGAACAAAGCAAGGGUUGAGGGUUCAAUCGUCAAUGAACAUCUAGUGAAUGAACUUGCUACCUAUUGUUCUUUAUAUUUUGACCCGACGAUUGAGACAUGCCAUAAUCGAGAGGCACGAAAUUUCGCACCGCAAAGUCAUAGGUUUUCGAGUGGAGAAGCUCCACUUAGCAUCUUUGUUGUCCCAUCAAGAAGAUUAUAUGAAAAAAGUGGAAAACGAAAACCCUUGAGUGAUAAAGACCUUCACAAGGCGCACACCUACAUAUUACUUAAUUGUAAAGAAGUUAACCCUUACAUCCUCGAGUUUGAUGAGCUGGUCAUGACAACGAAUCCAAAUGAAUCGGUUUCAGAUUUAAGAGAUAAAUUCUUUGCUGAAUGGUUUGAAGACAGAGUAAUGGAUAAGACACCCGAUGGAAGUGCUAAACACUUAGAAGUUAUAGCUGAGAAACCAUCGAGACAUGCUCAUUUUCAUAAUGGGUAUUUUGUAAAUGGUUAUAAGUUCCACACUCAACAAUACGGUGAGGGUCGUGUGACGAAUAACUUUGGAGUAUGUGUGAGAGGGGAGACGUAUAAUGAUGAACAAGAGUCAGCCUACUACGACAUAUUGCAAGAGAUCUUAGAGGUUGAUCAACAAAACAAGUUGAUUGAUGUCAAAACCAACUCUCGACUUCAAACUGAUGACCCAUUUUGUUUGGCAUCACAAGCAGAACAAGUGUUUUAUACACCAUACCCUUCAAUGGCAAAUGAGACGAAAGAUAAGUGGGCGGUUAUCAAAACAAAACCAAGAGGGGUAUUUGAAGUCAACGAAGCUGAAAUGGACGCAGAAGAAAUCUUUCAGGGUGAAGAACGGUUUGAGUCACCUGGGAGGAAGACGAAGAAGAGGAAGGUUCUGAAGACGAAGAUUAUGGAAACGAGUUGUUUUAUUCAGAUCAGGAGGAAAAAAGAAGAUUAUGCAAACCAUAGGCAUGAUGCGGAGGUAUGGGUUGAAAGCCAAAUUCGGAGAACAGGAGGAAAAAAGAAGGGUCAUAUCUAUGGUAUAGGAGCAUCGGAUGCCAAUUUUGUGGUUUCUGGGAUAACAUCUUCCGAAUCUACUCGGUCCACCCAAUCCAACAACAACACACAAGAAGAGGUUGAUAGGUUACGUGAAGAAGUUUCUAACAUGCGACAAUUGCAAGAACAAAUGGUACAACAAAUGGAAAGGAUGACGAGGAUGAUGAAUGGUACAACAAAUCAAGCCAAUGACCCCCCUCAUACUCCACCUCAUACUCCACCCGAGGAUGGUGUAUAA